CUUUAACAAAAAAAAAAUGAUGAUAAGGUUUUUAUGCUUUUAAAUUAGUACUAAAGACUGGCACCCAUAACCAGUGAAGUUUCUUUAGCGAAGCUACACUCUCUUGAUUGAGUCUCGCAAAUGUUACGCCUCUUUGUGGUCUCCGUGUGAACACUGGGAUCCGAGGCCACAUGACAGCAGUAUCCGUUCUGAGAAGGACAGGCUCAGUCAAAUCACUGAACGACUAAAAUAAACAUGUUUGUGGCUCGUAGCAUUGCAGCAGAUCACAAAGAUCUAAUCCACGAUGUUUCCUACGAUUUUCACGGCCGGAGAAUGGCAACGUGUUCAAGCGACCAAAGUGUCAAGGUUUGGGACAAGAGUGAAAGUGGGGAGUGGCACUGCACUGCCAGCUGGAAGACACACAGCGGGUCAGUAUGGAGGGUGACAUGGGCCCACCCUGAGUUUGGACAGGUGCUGGCCUCCUGCUCCUUUGACCGAACAGCCGCUGUGUGGGAGGAGAUAGUUGGGGAGUCUAAUGAUAAACAGAGGGGUCAGAGCCACUGGAUAAAGAGGACCACUCUGGUGGACAGCAGGACGUCGGUGACGGACGUGAAGUUUGCUCCUAAACACAUGGGUCUGAUGCUGACCACGUGCUCGGCAGACGGGGUGGUGAGGGUCUACGAGGCUCCAGACGUGAUGAACCUCAGCCAGUGGUCCCUGCAGCACGAGAUCUCCUGUAAACUCAGCUGCUCCUGUAUCUCCUGGAACCCCUCUAGUUCUCGCGCCCACCCUCCCAUGAUAGCAGUGGGAAGUGAUGACAGCAACGUGAUGUACGGUGGGAAGGUUCAGAUCUACGAGUAUAAUGAAAACACUAGGAAAUAUGCGAAAGCCGAGACAUGA